AUGAACCUCCUUCUUAUUAACUCUUCCACUCCCAAAGACCCAGCUGAGCCAGCCUCCACUGUUAUUGUGAACAGCAGGGGUCUCGGGCUCAGCCACCGGCCGGCUGCCAUUCUGGCACUGAGGGUUGGCCUCGGGGUGUUCCGGCUUGGGACACUGGUUGUGAGGAAGAUCUCCUCCCUCUCUGCAGGGACACUAGCCUUUGGGACAAUCCACUCCCUGUGCGCAGGAACGCUGGCCUUCAGGAGGAUCAACUCCCUCUGUGCAGGGCUGAGGCCUGAUGCUCUGAGGAUCUUCUCCUUUCUCAGUGACAGUAGUUGUUGGAAGAACCCCCUCCCUCUGUGCAGGGUUCGUGAUUGUCGACAGGUGGACAGCGACAGCGACUUCGAAGAGGAAACAACUGUCCUGGAUGAGGUCCAGUUGGAUGUGUCAUUGGAUGAUGUGCCAGAUGUUCCACAGCUGCAAGUCCUCCUUGAUGUCCAGAAUGCUGCUAUCAUCCUUGAGGAUGUGCCAGAUGUGCAGACUAUCCUUGAGGAGGCCACUGGCAAUUGGCAGUUGAUUCCGAUUAGGUUCAGCCCCCUGUACUGUGGGCCUGUUGUGAUCAGGAACAAUGCCAGUCCGGUGGUUAAAGCUUGGAGAACUUUCCAGUUCAUCAGCCCCAUCAUCACCUACAUGCGUGGGGGAUCCCAGCAGGUGGUGGUGAGGAUGCACCACGUGAGUAGGGUGAGAGGCCUGGAGACUCAACUGGUGUGGGCCAUCUCCAAGGAGACAGCCAGGCUUAGUCCAGAGGGCAUCCCCUACUGUGCCACCAAAGUGCAGUCCAUCACUUGGAUCCAGGAGGACCUGCUGCCUGAGGAGAGGGAGGUUCCUCUGCUAAACCUCUACCUUACCACCAAGAGAGUGGAGGACAUCGCCCUGAGGCUCGUCUCCCUGCGCCAGGCCUUCACUACCCUGCUUGGUUCCACCCUGAGCAGGAACCAUCUGUUUGUGGCGGGAAAGGUCCUCCUGGGCGCACUGGUUCAGGCCAACCACAUGGACGAGGCCAAGUUCAUCCGUACUUAUAACGACUUUGUGGACUACCUGAGUGACCCCUCCAAGCGGAAUGACAUUGAGAGGAAGCUGGCUGAGGCAAAGAUCCAUCAUGUGAACAUGAUAGAUGUCGUCUUUGAGCUGGUGCUGUUUGGGAUGAUGACAGCUCAGAAGUCCCUGAUGGUGCACCCCGGUGGGUUUGUGGAGCGUCUGUACGCUCUCCUGUACUCCUUCCUGCCCACUGCUGCCAACAUGGAGCCAGAGGCUGACAGAUACCUGCUGCUGCUCAAUGUAAGAGUCAAGAGGUUACUUCCUGUUUACUUCCAUAUUCUUAGUGUACUUCCUUUUUACUUCCUUAUUCAUGGUUAA